AUUGGAGUUCACACACAUUCACAUUUCUGACAUUGUGCUUGGUGUGUGAAGAUGUGUGUACGGAAAAUCGCCUCUUACUAGAAUAAACGGAUAAAUGUGAAUCACUACUAUGUGUGUUAUUUAUUAUAGGUGGUCUAAGCUUGCUUUGUGAUUAUUUCCAUCUAUGUUUACUUCUUAGGCUACUUAGAUUUUGGAGAAGUAUUUAAAUCGCAUGCCCAGCAGGGUCUUAUAAUACAUGAUCAUGGGUCUCCUACCCCUGGAAUUUACGGACUGCCUUACUAAUAGUCCUUAUUUUCGUGAAAAUCUUCACGCCCAUGAGAAAGAAUUAGAAAGAACAAGUCAGUCUAUUAAAGUAUUGAUUAAAGAAGUUAAGGAUUUGCUCUCUGCCGCCAAACAACUGUCGAGGGCGCAAAGAAAUUUAGCCAACACCUUGAAAAAUUUUCAGCUAGAGUGUAUAGGAAGCAGCCAAACCGAUGAUGAACUUGUUAUUGCUGGAGCCUUAAAAGAGUUCAGUAACUUGCUUAAUGCUAUUGAAGAUGAAAGAGAUAGAAUGUUGGAGAAAGCUCAAAUCGCAUUUGUCGAUCCGAUCGAAUGUUUCCGAAAAGAAUAUAUUGGUGGAGCCAAGGAUAGACGAAAGAAGUUUGAGAAAGAUACCGCCAAAUUCUUCCAGUCACAAGACAGGCAUUUAAAUCUUUCUAUCAAGAAAAGUGGGAAUCAGCUGCAAGAGGCUGAUGCUUGUUUAGAAACAGAACAACGACAGUUUUCUCGAGCUUCAUUAGAGUAUAUUUUAUUUCUGCAAGAAGUACAAGAACGAAAAAAAUUUGAAUUUGUUGAAACGAUUUUGAGCUUUAUGUAUGGUUGGCUGACAUUUUAUCAUCAAGGUCAUGAAGUUGCUAAGGAUUUUAAAUCAUUCACAACAGAUCUGCAGAAAAGAUUGCAGAAGACAAGAGAAAAUUUUGAUGCAACUCAUUGCGAAGCAAAACAUCUUAUGUUCAGAUUAUUAGAAAAUCCACUAGAUUCAGGAUCACUAAAUAAAAUGUUUACUAGGCAGGGAUAUCUCUAUCUGAUGGAAAAGAAAGCUUUGGGUACAACAUGGACAAAGCAUUUUUGCCAGUACCAAAAAGAAAAUCACAAAUUUACUAUGAUACCUUAUUCUCAAACUACUGGGAAAAUUGCCUUGCCGGAAACUUUUGUGCUUAAAGAAUGCAUUAGGCGUAUGUCAGACUCCAUUGAUAAAAGGUUCUGUUUUGACAUCAUAUGUGAAGACAAACCAGGUGUUCUAACUUUUCAAGCAUUAUCUGAAGAAGAUAGACAUUUGUGGAUGGAUGCUAUGGACGGAAAGGAACCAGCUUACAGUCAAACUGGGAAACUACCAAAGCAAGAAGAGUAUUAUCUUGAUGAAGUGGGAUUCUUUUUUGUUCAGCAAUGCAUUGAUGCUAUAGAAAUCAGAGGCUUGGAUGAUGAAGGAUUGUAUAGAUUAGUUGGUGUUAACUCUAAAGUUAAUAAGCUUACUCAAAUGGCAUUAGAUCGACGAAAAGGUGAAAAAAUCAAUUUAGAUGAUGCUGAUGAGUGGGAAAUUAAAACUAUAACUAGUGCUUUAAAAAACUACUUUAGAAAUCUUCCAGAACCGUUAAUGACAUUCCGUUUACACAGUGCCUUUAUAGAAGCUGCUAAACUAGAUAAAAUGGAUGAAAGAGUUAAUGAAAUCAGAUCACUUGUCCACAAACUUCCUAAGCCAAAUUUUUGUAUGCUGCAGAUUCUAAUUGCUCAUCUUUGCAAGGUUGCCAAACACUCUGACAAAAAUCUUAUGACUGUUUCGAAUUUGGGUGUUUGUUUUGGUCCUACUUUACUGCGACCCGAGGAAGAGACUGUAGCUGCAAUUAUGGAAAUUAAGUUUGGAAAUAUAGUUUUAGAAAUUAUCAUAGAACAAUAUGAUAAAAUAUGUUCAAAUGCGGUAAUGAAUGGAGAUACUAAGGAGAACAUAAGUUCCAAAAAGGUAGCAAAUUCCACAUCUCAUCAUAAUGCGAUAUCCAACGAUUCUCGGUCUGAGCCUGUUGCUCCACAGCGAAGAUCUAAACGAGAGACUGUAUAUGUAAUGGAUGCUGGAAGACCCCCCGGUCGAACUGAACCGCACAUGUCUCGGUCUUCUCACUCCAAUUAUUCUGUAUCACCCAGGGCAGAAAGUCUGUACCUCGAAAAUUCUAAUUCUACCCAACGUGUGAUGGUCGUGCAACCGUCAUAUGUCCAACGCCAGUCAUACCAUUCCCUAAUGUCAUCGUCAGUGCCAGGACAUUCUGUGACAACUGCAUCUUCACAAAAGUCAUACUCAUCUUCAUCUAGUUCACAACAGUCAUCUUCUCGUAGUCAACAUUCUAUUACUAAUACUCCUUCAACCCAGCAAGCAAGGAACUCUGCUGCUCAACCACAGAGGACUAGGACAAAACCCCUAGUGGUGUAUAAUCCAUCUUGGAAUGAUCAUCAAACAUCUAGUAGCAGCAGCUCAGAAUCCUUGCAUUCGCCUCGAUCCACCGGAAACUCCAGUCAUCAUCUGUUGACCCACACAUCUCCCUCAUCAUUAAAAUCUAGUUCAUCCCAUCACCAGCCUCUGUCCCAUGGAUCUCCCCCAGUACGUACCAGUUCCUCCCAUCACCAAUUGGCAACACACUCAGCUCCAGCAUCCACUACACACCACCAUGCCUCCACUAAUCAGUCUAUAAAAACUAGUCCAUCACAGCACAGGAGGAUGGAUAAGUCAGCCUACAGUCCAGCCCACUCUCCCAACAGGACUGACAACCGAACUGCAGAAAGUCGUAGAGGUGGUAAUGUUAUUCCAGUAACUGUUGGAGCAGAAAAACCUAGGAGGAGUUGUAGAGCGGCGUUAGAUGUUGUUGGUCAUCAGAGGCAUGGAUCAACAGGUUCUAGGGAUUAUUUUAUCAGUGGAGUACGACAAAAUAGUGUGUUUCCUGCUAGUCCAUCAACAUCAUCUUCUUCAUCAUCAUCUUCUGUACCAUCUGGAAACGGAAGACGUGUCCGAACCCUUUAUGCAUGUGUGGGUGAAAAUGAAUCAGAACUUUCCUUCGAACCAAACCAAAUUAUAUAUAAUGUACGGCAAUCAAGGGAACCAGGCUGGUUAGAAGGCUGUUUAAAUGGACGAACUGGUCUAAUACCUGAAAAUUAUGUGGAAUGCCUCCCUUGAUAGUAAAUCAAAAACUUUAUUGAAGAAAUAAUUUUAAGUAUUGCAUGAAAAAAAAACUGAUUUUAUAUAUAAAAGAAUACUCUUAUUGAAGAAUUAAAAAGAAAAACAAUGGAUUGAAAAUUUACUGUAUAUAGUUGGAAAUAUUGAUAUGUACAAAAUUAUAUGAACUAAUGAAAAUUCAUUGUAAUAUAAUUUAAACAUUGUCGCAAAUUUUGAUUAGGGUAAAUUAUGCCAUGUUUCUAUGGUUACUUUUUCAAUUUCAAUUAUUUUUUGAAAAAAAUAUGGGUUUACCCUCUUUUUUUUUAAAAGUUACAUUACACUGGCAAAAUCUGGCUGGUACAAGUAAAUGUUUAUAGAAUAUUUAUUAUAAAUAGCUUUCGACAAAUAACUAUGAAUAUGGAAUAGGUAAUUCAUUUUUAAAAAAAUAUUUUUACUGAUUAUUUAGGAAAAUUUUAUCAACUGUGACAUGUCAUGCAAUAUUUUAUUGAAACUGCUUAAAGAAUAUUUAUUUUUAAUUAUUUCACAAAUUUAAUGAAUAGUUUUAAAUUUUAUUUAUUACCAUUAUUGAUGGGUAUUAGUAACUUUAAGAAAUAUUUAUUUUCUUUGUGCAUUUUUGAAUGAAUUAUGCAGUGUGUCCAUAAAGUCAUGGCAUACUUUUGUCCAGUCAAUGAUCAUAAGUGCGUCAUGACUUUUCUGGACGCAUUUGUAUUUAUGCCCACUAAAAAAAGUUGAACAUUUUUAGUUAUAAUUUCAUUUUAAAUUGUACAUAUUUAUUGUCAAUAUAAAGACAAUUUCAAUUUGAUUAUUUUAGACUAUUUUUUAGACACAGAAUUUCCAAGUUAUGCAUUCCAUUAAUUAAAUAUUAAUUAACCCUUUGCUUUACGAUAGGUGGAUCAGAAUGGAUUCAUCAUGUUAAGUGCCGUAAGCAAAAGCUUAAUAUAUUAUAAUAAGAUAUUAAUAAUGGACAUGAAAAAUGAUUUUAAAAAAUUUAGAAAAAUAUAUCUCAAGCAAUUACAUUUUAAAUGUAAAAAAAUUCUUACAAUUUGUCAUUUAAAUAAAUUAUUAUCUUUAUUAUUUAAUCCAAAGCACAGCAAUUUUUUUAUAUAUAUAUUUAGCGUAGUAAAACUUUAAAAAAAUUAUAUGAACUAAUUUGCCUGCAGAAUAAUUAUUUGAGUGAUGUAUUUCCAAUACUUUUUAAAAAAUUGAUUGUUGCUUUUCAUACAAUUAAAUACUAUAUUGAAUUGAA